AUGUCCGCCCAGGAAGAAUUCGAUCAAUUGGUUCAAAACAAUCGUGCCUACAAUACCUCCCAUCCCGAAGACCGUGACGACUCCCCCCACUUCUCGGACGACAACGAUUCCCUCUCCUCUCCACCCCGCCAAUUACGCCAACGUCGUCUUGUGGACUCCUCCGACGAGGACGAAGAUACUACCAACAACAUGGUUUCCUCCCGAAGCAACUACCACGUUCCCAAUACCGUCUUUGAAGCCAACACUGGCCCCAAAGGUGUCAUCGCCGAUGCCCAGGCUUUUGAACGUGCUCGGAAGAAGUCUUUCCGCCGGACUCUGCUGAGUGCCGCUGGUUUUGACUCCAAUGGCCCCACCUUCAGCCUGAACAAGGCAUCUCGAGAUGAGUCCUCUGCUCCAGAGGGCUCAUCGGGGAGUGAUGAUGAUGAGGAGCGAUUCAUGAGCAAGUGGCGUGCUUCCCGGAUGCAGGAGCUGCAGAACCGUAACAACCGGCGCCAAUCUCCCCGGGGCCGUCGAUUUGGCUCGGUCGAGACGGUGGAUGCGGCUGGCUACCUGGAUGCCGUUGAACAAGUCAACCCAGACACGGUCGUCGUAGUCUGCAUUUACGAUCCCCAGUCUGAUCAAAGCGCCAUUGUCGAGGAAUGUCUGGUGACCAUUGCCCGCCGACAAACGUCGACUCGCUUUGUCAAGUUACACCAUGAGAUUGCCGAGAUGCACCACAUCCGCGCCCCCGCUCUGCUGGCCUACCGCGGGGGUGAUGUCUUCACUACCAUCACCGAUAUCAUUCGCAAUAUUCCCCGGGGUCGCAGCUGUAGUGCCGACAGCCUGGAGGAUCUAUUGAAACUGCAUCGAGUUCUCUGA